AUGGCGCAGCAAAACGGCAACUCCGCAGCAGAUUCGCUCGCUGCAGCAGCAGCAGCAGCAACAACGGCAGAAGCAACAGGAGCAGCAGCAGCAGCAGAACAGAGCCCAUCAGCAGCAGCAGCAGCAGCAGAACAGCCCGCAGCAGCAGCAGCAGCAGAGCUGCCAGUAACAGCAGCAGAACCGCCAGCAGCAGCAGCAGCAGCAGCAGCAGGAGAACAAUCAGAAGAAGCACCAGCAGCAUUAGAGCAGCAAGACGCAGGAGCUGCAGCAGCAGCAGCAGCAGCAGCAGAAGAGCCAGCAGCAGCAGCAGCAGCAGCAGCAGCAGCAGACAAGUCCUGGCUGGCUGAUGUGCUAAAGAAAGAAGAAUGGGAAAGUGCGGGGCAGCACAAAGCUCGCCAGGAGUACAUAAAGAAAGUAGUCGCUCAAAUGGAAAGUGCAAAAGAAUUAAAUGAAGACACUGUGCGGCUGCUGUCGAGUUUGUUCUUCUCCGUGCGGUACUUGGGGUGUACGUACACCCCAGAACUCGAACACUUGCUGCUCAAGUUCGACUCCGACUUAAAAGCUUUUGUGCAAAAAGAAAGGCAGCAGGAAGCAGCAAAGCAGCACAAGCAGCAGCAGCAGCAGCUGCUGCAGUAG